GCAGCAGCUUGGAGCGUCAUCGUUAGCCCAGCCCGUAUUCAUCAAGAGACGGACACCCUUUGUGCGCUGCGCGCCGUGCGUGGAUUGAAGUCGUCCGCAGUACCCAAAAUGGCCGACCUAUCGCACACCAGAACGAACGAUGAGAUGAUUAAGAAUGCCGCGCAUCUUUCGGAAGAUGUUCCGCCGGAAGAUGAAGAACUCGGCGGCUCGUCGAACUCGAGAAGAGUCGACUUUGGAAGGGAUGGUACCGCUGACCCUGAGAACGGGGUGAAUGAGGCACAUCAACAAACACCAAAACGCAAAAAGAGAAGAUUUGGACUGGGGAAGAAGAAGGAGAGCUAUAGCCAUACGCAUUACAAGGUUUAUAAGAGACGCUGGCUUGGGCUGGGGCAGUUGGUGUUGUUGAACAUUGUUGUUAGUUGGGAUUGGCUAACAUUCGCCCCCAUAUCAACAACCUCAUCCCAAUACUUCAACGUCCCGGAGUCGUCAAUCAACUGGCUCUCAACCGCCUUCCUCUUCUCCUUCGCAGCAACAUGUCCACUCACAAUUUACUUGCUCCACCGCGGCCCCAAACCAUCCAUCAUUGCCGCAUCUAUCUUGCUGCUGAUCGGCAACUGGAUCCGGUAUGCGGGUACCAAGACGAACAUGUUCAGUGUAGUCAUGGUGGGCCAGAUAUUGACGGGGUUGGCGCAGCCGUUUGUGCUGGCGGCGCCGACUCGGUAUAGCGAUAUGUGGUUUACUGAGGCAGGGAGGAUUGGGGCGACUGCGUUGGCGAGUUUGGCGAAUCCUUUUGGGGCGGCGCUUGCGUCUCUGAUUAACCCAUUCUUGGGUGACGUUCCGACUACGGUCUUGAUAGUAUCAUGCAUCGCAACUGCAGCAUGCAUCCCGUCUUUCUUCAUCCCCGCGGCGCCCCCAACUCCACCCUCAGCUUCUUCGACGAUAAGCAAAAUCCCUAUUCUGGCAUCUCUCAAGCAUAUGCUACGCACCCCCUCCUUCUACCUUGUAUUCUUCACAUUCAGCGUCUAUACCGGCUUCUUCAACGCCUUCACAUCGCUGCUAAACCAAAUCCUGUAUCCAUACGGCUACACCGAAGAUGAAGCGGGCAUCUGCGGCGCGGUGCUCAUCGUCGUCGGGCUGGUAGCCUGCGCCAUCACUUCUCCCAUCGUAGACCGCACACACGCCUACUUGCUCGGUAUCAAGAUCCUAUGCCCCGUGCUAUCGGCAGCUUAUCUAGCGAUGAUCUGGGCGCCGCAGACGAGGACGAUUAUCGCGCCGUAUUUGCUCGGUGCAAUCUUAGGCGCGUGCUCGUUUUCGCUGCUUCCGAUUGCAUUGGAGUAUCUGGUCGAGAUCACUUUCCCAGCCAGUCCAGAGGUUUCUUCGACGAUCUGCUGGGUCGGAGGACAGGUCUUCGGCGGCAUUUUCAUCGUCAUCAUGAAUGAGCUCAAGGAUGGGAGACCUGUGGAUUUGGAAGCUGUACGGGAGGCAGGCAGGGAUGAGGCUACGGGUGGAGAUAGACCGCCUGGGCAUAUGCUUUGGGCGCUGGUCUUCCAGGCUGUGGUUUGUGCGGUUGUCUUGCCACUGCCGCUUAUGUUGGGUGUGAAGCGUUUGGGCAUGGCUAGCAGAGAGGGCAGGCUCAAGAAGGACGUUGAUGGCGAUAGUGUUGUCGCGGACGAGAGGUCUGGCGAGGGCGUCCCGGGACCGGAGCGAUGACUCCUUGGGGACAUGGAUUCUGGUGAUGAUUACGAGGAUGAUGACGACGACGACUAAGGUUUCUUUGUAAGCUGGGGUUCCUUAUCUGGGCUGUAUGGUUGUCAUAGGAGGAGACUGGUUUCCUUGGUUCUUCUUUUCCAUUACCGUAACGGAAUUCAUGUCCGCGUAUAACCAACACAUUACUUUGCGUCAUUCAUACAGUCGUGCAAUGUCUUGAAUCAGGAAGAUAGAAGUACAGUGAUAUUCUAAACACGACUCUAAUAUGUACAUUCAUCCACGCAUGUGAUAUGUCUUGAUGCUUGCAUUCAUUCCAUUCCGAAACGGCUACAUUCCUACUACAUAUACCAACAUGGGUAU